AUAUAAAAAAAAAUAUAGAGUGCAACAAAAAUUCUACUUAAAGCAUCACAAUUGUGUGCUUUCUUCUUCUUCUUCUUCCCUCUCACCCAUUCCCAAAAAACAGAGAGUUCACACAGUAUGUAAAAAAAAAUUAAAAAACUCCAUUAACAAACCUUGUACGUGUAUAUAUAAAUGAUUCAUGCAGGCAUGAAGAUGGAUCUCCAGAAACUACCCUUCGCUCUCAAGCCUUUUCUCCUUUCCCUUCUUCUUUCUCUUUCCUUGUUAGCAUUCCUUUCCUUUCAAACUACACCUCACUCUCUAUCACUUCCACCGGACCUCCGAAUUCGACCCGGAUAUCCAUCCUACGAUGCAUACAUCAAUCGUCAGCUCAACAAAACGCUAAACCCGAAACUCCGAAAAAUCUGGACGACCCGAGAUUGGGACCGAAAGGUUCGGGUUUUCUCCGAAUUCUUCGACGAUUUGAAACUUCGAGGUUUCUUAUCUAACGAUUCAAAAGCGCUUUGCGUCGGGGCACGGGUCGGGCAGGAAGUAGCGGCGUUGAAACGGGUUGGAGUGAACGAUUCAAUCGGUAUUGAUCUAGUGCCGUAUCCUCCGUUAGUAAUCAGAGGUGAUUUUCAUCGUCAGUCGUUUAAUGAUCGGAGUUUUGACUUAGCAUUCUCUAAUGUAUUUGAUCAUGCACUUUAUCCAUGGAAGUUCGUCGGAGAAAUUGAACGGACGUUGAAGCCCGGCGGUAUUUGUGUGUUACACGUGUCGUUAUCUAGACGGGCUGAUAAAUAUUCAGCUAAUGAUUUGUACAGUGUGGACCCACUUAAGGAAUUGUUCAAAGUAUCUGAGCUGGUUGAGGUAAGAGGCAUUGAUGGGUUUGGGUUGGAUACGGAAGCGGUUUGUAGGAAGAAGAAGAAAUAGGUUAGAUAUUGUGAUCCUUAUUUUCAUUAGGUUUUUAACACGUUAAAUAAUUCUUUAUUUAUUUCGACGUCUCAAAAUAAGUGUUAUUUUAGUAAAAAUUACAAUCACUAAAAAAUCAAUGAAUACAAUAUGUAGUAUUGAACCUAUUAAGAAGAUGAAAUAUAAAGGCAUAUUUGAAAAAAAACAUAA